AUGAGCGGCUUUCCUUCGAUUAUUUGUUACAGUGUCCUCUCCUUCAAGCAUGCACUUGCAGCCAAAUGUGCCAGGACUAUACCCGUCAGAAUACAACAACGUGAAAUGUAUACCGUAUCUCCUCAAGAAAAGCUAGCGCACUUGUUUGAGUCUAAUAACUGCGUUUAUUUUCAGCCGCGGUCAGUUUUAUCUGGUGCUCGAACCACCUAUACUGUGCAUUGUUCUGCAUUGGAAACUGUAAAAGCUAUGGCGGCGUGGUUCAAUGAAGGAAGAACAUAUCUGUAUUUGAAGCCAAGAGAGCCCUACGUUGAAAUUUCUAAGAGAUAUGCUGACCAAUGUGUGUUGACUUUCCAUAUGAAGGAUGCUGAGUGCUUAAGUUUGCUAAAGAUCAGCGGCCUCCAGUCGAGUUCUUUCGAACUGAAGGUUCAGUCUAAGUUCCUACAAACGAAGAGUGGUUUGGAUAUUCCGACAAGCCUGCUUGGGACUUUGAGGAUUAAUUGUGAUGCGGCUUCGAAGUCUGAAAAUCAUUCUUUCGCCAACGUCAAGAAUAUGACUGAUCGAACCGACAGCAGGUUCACCAACAUAACUGACCUCGUGAAUAAUUCCAUACGAUGCCCAAGUCAUCCACGCAAAGGUUCGCCUUUGAUUUCAAACGCCGCAAAACACUCACAUCCAUCUUUGUGCCUGCCACACCUGCCAACUAUGCCUCUUCUCAUACAGAAUGAAGAUGACAGAAUGGAUAUUGUUGACGAGGAUUCAAAUGAGCCCGAAAACAAAGAAAACUCUCCGGACUCCUCGCUGAAUUAUGGAAGUAGUACCAUAUCUUUUGGAGAUAUUAGUACUUUCUUACACAAGUGUGACCCUGUAUCGGGAAGGCCAAAAUCAUAUUCUGUCCCUGAAUUUCUUUCGGUGUCAUCAAAAUGUCAAAGGAGAAGUUCGAGUGCAUUCGGGGAAGUUAAGACGAGUCUGGCUCCUGAUGCACCGCCAGGAGUAUUCACUGAUAGUCGAACAAUUGUUGCUGGAGCUUCCGAUAGUCCUGAUCCCACUGCCACAGAAACCCUUAGAUUUAGUAAAGCGGAGAUCUGCACGCUCAUUAGUCUUGGGAAAAAUAGGAUUGAGGAAAUAAGCCUACAAGCCAAUUGCCAAAUCGUACUUAUGCCAAUAACUCAUGAAAUGAUAACAGCUCGUUGUUACCAACGACAAGCAUACCACAAAUUGAAAAUAUCUGGAUCCCCUCAACAGAUCUCAAAGGCUAAGAAUCUUCUUAGACGUGUGGUUCUUGAGAUUCGCAGUCUGUAA